AUGGACGUCCCAUUUCACUCUUCUGGCGCGUUGAGCAGAGCUCACUACGCCAUUGUUCGCAAAGUGGAAUCCGCCCCCACUGUUCACCUCGCAGAUCAAUAUGUAGCCUUGGAAAUCAAGUCACUUGAGGCACAACUAUCACACCCUCGACUCUCCUUCGAUAAAUGCAAAGAAUGCCUUGUCAUUUUGUUGUACUGUGCUAGCGCAGUCACACCAGGAUUUCUUGCAAAAGACGCGUUUGAUUUUGCUUUCUCUCAUGCAAUCAACCUCAUAGAGGUGUCUACCAAAAUUGAGGACAAGCGUCUAGGGUAUUUGUUCUGUUCCGAAGUCAUGCCUUUGGAUCAUGCAUUCAGGCUGAUGCUCAUCAACACCCUAAGGAAGGACCUCGAAUCUGAGGAUAUUCUGCAUAUAUGCUUAGCCCUGGACAAUCUCAUCACAUCACCCAAUGAGGACAUCAUCCCAGCCGUUCAGCCGCGGUUGUAUGAACUUAUUUCGCAUAAUCACGCGUCUGUCAGACGUCGUACGUUAUUUGUGUUCCGUGCCCUAUCUGGAUAUAACGAGAAUUUGUUGGAUCGGAUUCACGGGGCAGUUAUUAGGAGCGUAAAUGAUUCAGAUACAUCUGUAGCUCGAGCUGCAUUGAUACUUACGGGCAGUUUUCGAUCGGAUCCAGUUUUUGUCGAGACGGUCAAUGAUAGGUUGAAGAACGAAUUAUCCUAUGCAAAUGUAAACGAAAGCACACUCAUUUCUCUUUUGAAUUGUUUGAAGAAGUUUGGCAGUCCGCCAGAUGCGAAUAUCCUAGUCCUACUUAAUGUUCUCCAAGGAAUUGCUGAUCCCAAAGUAACCGACCCUCUAUCAAAAGCUCUCUUAUUGGCCAUAUUCAGAGUGAUUGGACAAGCCAAACCAUCAACCCUCAUAGUCGCAGAGAAGUCAAGAAAAGUAUCGAUUAUUCAAUGCAUACGGCAUCUACUAGUAUCUCGCGAUCUCAUCGACGUUUAUCUUUUUGUUUCCUGUCUUGAAGAGGUCGACGUUUCCAUUUGGGCUGGUACACUACCUGAUCAUCCAGCGACUCUCAGAAUAAUAAAGAAAGUCGAUCCUGGUAUUCUCGAAACACAAAUAUCUCUUCUCUUUAACAAGGCUUUUCCUAAUACUGAAGGAAGCACGGUAAUAUCGCGGAUAUUGGAAAUCACUUCAAUUCGAUAUGGACAGGACGGGAGUGGCUAUGCCCAGCAAAUCCUUGAUUUCAUCCGUCAUUUAGAUCAGCAAUCGUCAUCGCCCACUCAAGUGAUCAAGGAAAUCAUCGAAGUCGUUUUGAUCGACAUGCGGUUAUCGUAUCAAGAAGUACCCCUAGGCCCAACAGCCAUGGUUAUCGCGACGGCUUUGAUCACCGAGUACCUCGAUUUAGUGGUUACACCUGCUGAACAGUUACUAUCAGCCUUGGCCACAAGAUUGAAAUCUUGUCCGUCUGUUGUCCAAGAACCGUGUCUCAUUGCCUUGAUUCGCAUUAGAGCGAGUUGCAAUUACGUCCCAUCCGACGUCGUUGAAGCAGUGGAACAUCUUUCUCGAUCUGGGCGCAAGCUAGUCCGGCUGAGGUGCAUCCAAUUCCAAGACUUUGUUGUUGACAAGGAACGGCUUCUGGAGAUAGUCUUGAGAGCUCAAUCGCGUUCACUUCCUGACUUUCUUGCCGCUUUAGAAAGCAACACCACAGGCGUAUCCGAAUCGCGAAAUACGACUCCACAGAUGUCGCGGUCUUCAUCGAGAGCUUCUGGACCAUCACCUUCAUUAAAAUAUGCCGCAUAUGCGCUACCAGAACCUACACUCCGUCUGAGCACCAGGCGAAAGUCAUUUUCUCAACAAAGUGCUUCGAGUUCCCGUUCGGGAACGACUUCAGAUACCCAUCAACUGCCCACUUCUUUACCUAUUACUGCAGGACGUCUUGCGUUAGCAGAUAGUCUAAGCGGUCUUCACAUAUCUCAAGUUGAACGUGGUUCUUCAUCAGAGUCAAAACAGUCUUGGCGAAAAGAAGCCGAAGUUACAGCUCCCCGUGCCGACUUAAUUUCCCUGGAGUCACCUUUCCCGAUGGAGGCUUCCAUGGAAUUGACGUCGUCUGGAUCUAACAGCGAAGAUGACUUUGAGAGUGUAUGGAAUUCGUACAAUAAAUCUUGUGACCUGAGAGGAUGGUGUAAUUGCUCCAUCGACGGUCUAUUAAGGCGCUUGCAGCGCAUAGAAGGAAAGCAUUUGCGCGUCAUUUCUUCUGAUCUCGGUACGCAUGACUUUGUGAAACUCGGUAUGGCGAAAUCUUGA